AAAAUAAAAAGAUCAUUCUCAAUGAUACGGAUGAAUAAUAUUCGCAAUAACUAAAUUGAGUUAUCGGGGCGCGAUUAGUGAUGAACCGAUAACCGUUUUUUACACGUGCACAAAAAUAAUAAAUAAUGAUAUGUCAAUCGGUUUAUUUUUCAACUAGCCUGAGUCGGAGGAGUCAGCUGCUGCUGUGAAUAAAAAAAUGUAUGUCUUCGCACAGGGGAAAUAACCUUAGAUAACCUUCGGUUGGUUAUAAAUAAAAAGAGCGAUGAAUGGGUGGUGAUCCCGAAAUAAUCAAUACUUAAUAUAACGUGUUUCCGAUCACUCGAAUCGCACGUACGUUUUUCAUAUAAUAUAUACGUACAACGCUUAGUCCGAGAUUACAGCCCGUCCAAAAUAUUCCGACGAGUUCGUUCAACUCCGAAUUAAUAAUCGCGAUAAUAAUAAGAAGAGAGUCGAGAAAAAGAAAUAAAGAAAACAACGAAAAUAUAUCAAUAUGACGCAAAACCAAGAAUUAGAUUCAACAGCUGCUCGAACUGUCAAGACGGAAACACCGCCGGUUCAGAUCACCGGUCAUAAUUUAGCGGAUUUGAACGAGGUCCGAGACCUCGGUGCCUCGGGUUCGGAGGCGUCCGGGUCUUCGGCUAUAAGCGCAGCCAUCGAGGAUUCCGGUGUAGAAACUGUUAUGGGCAGUACAGACUCGAGCGGAAACGCGGGGGGCGGUCAGUCCUGCGGUCUCGUGAGUUCCCUUUUCCCGAGCAGCUGCAGGGGUCGCGCCGAAGCUUUCGCGCGUCGUCUUCAUCACCGUCUGACGUCGCUAGGCGGCGAGGGGGAUGAACGAAAGCUCAGCGCUGAGCUGGCGCCAUCUGAGACCUCGUGGCUUCACUCGGGAGCUACCGCGGCGCCUGCGCAAAGCCAACAGCAGGUACUCCAGCGCCAGCCGAAGCACAGCUCGGACUCGGACCUCUAUUUCGACUUCGACAUCGAUGAUCCGGACGGCCCCGAAUCGCCAGCCGAGGAGAUUACCGCCGCCGAGCUUGCGGGCCUGCUACUGAACCCCGAAGCUCUCCCUCUCACCCACUGCCCGGAGCCCGGCUCACUGGGCUCGGAGUCUGGGUGCGUAUUCUCGUCCCCGGCCUCCGGGGCCUCGCCGGAAAGCGACUCGUCCGAGGUAUACUACGAUCCUGAGACCUCGGAGGCGGAGCGGGCCGAGUCGUUCUACGACCUUGAGAAUUCGGACAGCGACGAUCCCGGAAUUGAAAACGGGCAUACGGCCCGGGUCGUCGGACGGAUACACGGAUCACCGAGACCCGGUGAACCACCACCUCUGUCUAAGGCCGAGUCCUCGGAGUCCUGCAGCGAGUCGAACGCUUUUGGACCGUUCCGUAAUGCGAAGACGACGGGGCACAAGGCAAGCUCUGAGGACUCUCUCGACACUACAUCUCCCAGCCACGAAUCCCUUUGGAGCACUUUCGACGACAGUACGAUGUCCCUUCAGGACGAGAGUCCCGCACGGUCUUGGGGAAUCGGAGGUCUCGUCGCUCCCGUUAACGUUCACAAGUCCCACUCCGACUCGGAGAUCAUACCGUCUUUGAACGGGGCGAACGACGAUGGCGAUAUCGCAAGGAUCAAGCCGAGGAGUCUUCAAUUUCCGGGUGGUAGCGACGAGGCCCAGAGCGAUACGGAGACCGACCACUCGACCUACAGCAGUAGCAUAAACAUACCUGGUGAUCUUACCCUGGAGUGUCCGAGCGGGGUCCGAGUAUCGCUGCAGGACGAUGAUCUGCUCGUUAAGAAUGAGGUGAAGCUAGAAGUUCAGGACGAAACGGUGACGAACAGCGAGGCCGAGAAGAUGGUUGAGCUCCUGAAGCGGCUCGGCACCGGGGAGUUGAUCGACAACGAGGAUGAGAACGACAUCGUCGAGGAGGAGGAGGAGGAAGAGAGGCCACGCAGGGUGAGACGGUGCUCGUCGCUCAAGACCGGAAAGACGCCACCCGGAACUCCGGGGCGCAAGAAGAUCGUCAGGUUCGCCGAUGUCCUUGGGCUAGAUCUCGCCGACGUGAGGACGUUCCUUGACGAGAUACCGAAGGUCCCGAACUCCGCCUACUCGGAUCUCAAAUACGACGAUACCCUGAUCAAGGAAACCUCACCUCAAAACUGGCACUCCAAGUACCUCCAGACCCAGAUUUCCAGCACCCUGGCUAGACACAAGCCUGAAAAGCUGCUGGUACCGUUCUUCCAGCAGCCCGGUGGCCUUUCCGACUUCCUCGACAAGGUUCGCGAGCGUCAGGUAUGCCUGGAGAACGUCCUCGUCCAGGACCCCGUGAGUCUCUGCCUCAGUGGUACUGUCAGGGUACGAAAUCUCGACUUCCACAAGUCCGUUCACAUCCGUUACUCCCUGAACGGAUGGCAGAGCUUUAGCGACCUUCAAGCCACCUAUGUUACCAACUCCUGUGACGGGUUCAGCGACAAGUUCAUUUUCACGCUUUAUUGUCAUACUCUAGCCGUUGGUCAACGGAUCGAAUUCGCCGUCAGGUAUCAGUGCAAGGGUGCUCAGUACUGGGACAACAACGCUGGUGCAAAUUAUUGCUUCCAGUGUCUACCCGCUGUUCCUUCCACUUCUUAUAUACCCAUUACUGCUAACGAUAACGGAUCCAGGGACUGGCUUGAACCUGCUUUUUACUAGGGUAGCCUUUUCCAAUGCGCUGGAUUAUUUAGGAGGCGACAGGAAUCGGGUGAAAUCCGAUCCUGGAAUGGAGAUUAUGCGAUGAUGUUAACCAUGAUCAUUGCCGCCAUUAUGCAGGGGGAAAAGACAAGCGGAAUUCAGUCAGUAAACUUUUGAGGACGGUAUGAGUUGGCUUGGAAAAAUUGAGAAAAUACAGAUUCGGUAAGAAUUGUUAUCACUGUAUCAAUGGAACAAGUCAGUGAUGUCAACCAUGGAACUGAACUUAUCAAACUCAUUGCAGUUUGUCGAUCAUCAGGAAUGGGGAGUGGUUGAAAAUCAUGCAUACCGAAAUGAACAAACUGCAAGUUUUAUCACAAAGUGACUUUUUUGUCGUAGAGAGCAAUAUCAGAAGCAAUGUGACUAAAUCUGUAAUUUCCCAAUUUCUCACGGUAAGCUCACACGGUGAUCGCCUCAACAGAAUCUCAAAGUGAAAAUUUUCUCUUCGCACUUAGUCCACUUCCUUUUCAAUCCAGUUUCUUACUCUUUUGAUUUCCGUGUGCUUCUUUUACUCAAAUUUUCGUGAUCAGUUGAUCAUUUUCGAAAAAUCCUAUGGCAACUCUACUCGAAUUAUUACGAGUGUCUCAGGGCUACUGCAAAUCUGGAAAUUAAAAAAAGUCAGGGGUUUUUAUUAUGUGUCUGAAUUUCGAAUUGCUUCAGCAUUAAAUUAACAUGUUUCCAGUAUAACGGCUCAGGUUCUAAUAUUCACGUAUGAUAAUUCGCAGAGCAGUGAAAACUUGGAAGGCGAUAAAAAAAUUGUCGAGAUGGUUUAUUUUCACUUUGCUAUUCCUUCGAGAAUUACGACUUUCGAUUACUACGAUUACUAAGCUGCAGCUGAUUGUGAGUUGAAUCAUCGCUACAAUUAUCGUUCGUAAAUGGUGCGAGUGCGAAUUAAGUGCAAUUUCGUUUGUUUUUUUUUUUUUUUUUGAUUUUCUUCACAACACGUAGAGUAAAGAACUUUUCAAAUAUAUAUCCCAAGACGCAACAAGCCUGCCUCAUUGAAUAAAGAACGAAGAAAGAAAAAAUGACUAAACAACGUUCACUGUUGUGACAAGAUCGUAUAGCUGAAUCGUUCGGUGGAGCGAAUGCAAUAAUAAUUAUGCAGCGCGGAAUACGUUACAGCUGCGAUAAACGAGAAAGCCUUGAUAAUAAUCUGCAGAAUAUCUUUGUAUCGCGGAACAAACGCGAGUUUUACGAUCUUAAUUUCCAUUCUGACGGAAGCACAAAAAGAGUUUUAGUUUUUUUUUUUUUUAAUCUUUCUUAUUUUUUCUCACAAAUAAUCAGAUAACGGUUACUUAACAAUUCUGCUCUCUAAUUUCUACAGACACAUUUGUAAGUAGCAUAAUCGAGGAGAGACACUAAGACAAAUCGAUUCUGGUCUUUACGUCCAGUUAUAAGAAUAAAAAAAUCGUGCGUAUUACAAAUUUAGCACGAUCUUAUCAUGUUCCGUUCAGAACUUUGUUUCACACUGGCAUACCUAAGAAAUAAAUAAAUGUCGUGCUGAUUCGAUCGUAUUAAUAAUACCUAUUAUAUAGAAAAUCAUACACUACAGGUUCAGAGUGAUUAUUAUAUACAUAUAAUACGUCAUGACAUUAAAGUUCUUUUCCCUAUUAAUUUUUUUUUUUUUCUUUUCUCUAGACACUCGUUGUAAAUUUGGUAUGAUUUCAAAGACGGAGAAAAUAAAAGUGAAAUAGAGAGAGAAACUAAGAAGAAAGACGAGUUGGGGAGGGGGGGGGGGGAAGAAGUUAACAUGUAGGCGGUAUUAGGAUGCUUAUGAAUUGGAAAAAAAAUGCCGAUUGUUGGAACCGAUAGACUGAAACGAAUUGAAUUGAAUUAUAUUAUCUGUUACGAAAAGGUGCGAAAACCAAGGAGAUAUAUUGCUGUUAUGAUAAUUGAAUAGUAAUAAAAAACAAAAAAUGAACCGAUAAAUAUUGAGAGUGAAUUACUAACGACUGUACGGUUCAAUGCGCGUGCGCUCAACUUCGAGAGCAAGAGCAGUUGUUUUGUCAUGGUGACCAACAUUCAUAAAUUCAGACGACAGGUCUCCCCGAUGCAUGUAACCUCAAAAAGUUUUAUGCCCAUCGGUCAUCUGAAUUUACGAAUGUUGGUCACCCUGACAAAACAACUGCUCUUGCUUUCGAAGUUUAGCGCAUGCGCAUUGAACUAUAUGGUCGUUAAAAAUUCACUCUGUAUAGAACCGAACCUAUAUAUAGAUAUAUAUUUUCUAGGUUUACAUUUACGAAGGAAAAAUAUCUAUCUACUUAUAUUAUUAUUACUAUUAUUAUUAUUAUAUGUUAUAUCCGUUCUCCACAUAACCGAAGACGCAGACUAACGAAUUUAAGCUUAUAAAUAAUACAAACCUCACGGUAAAAUGUGUCCUCUUUUAUUUUAUAACAAUAAACAUAAGUAAUGAUUGAAAAAAAUUAGUCAUACGUAAUGAAGUUGUAAAGGAUAAUAUUUAUCUGAUUAGAAUUUUCGAUGGCAGCGUAUUGAAAUUUGAUUUUUCUGAUUUGUGAAUUUUAUUCGUUCGAAUCCAUCAUAAUGUAAUAAUAUUGUAUAUUAAAUUUAUACACGAUAAAUAUCGAAUUGAGAUUGUAGAAAUGCGCUACAAUCGAAUUUGAAUUUGAAUUGAUAAAAAUAUUAUUAUGUAUAUGGUUAUAAACGGCAUAAAUUUAAAUAUAUAAUAUACGUGACGUGUCAAAUGACUUAGAUUUUAACGAAACUUAUAGUAUAUUAUAUAUAUUACAUGUUAUAUUAAUAUAUUCAUAUAUAUAUAUGUGUAUAUAUAUAUAUAUAUAUAUGUAUAUAUAUAACUAGUAUAUUUUUCUAUGUACGUAUUAUCUCUAGUCUGUCUGUAGAGUUUUUUUCUUCUUCGAUAAGAGAAAUACAAAACAAAAAUCCAACAACCAAAAUAUAAAAAUAUCGAGUGAAAUGAACGAGCAAUUAAAAGGUCGACGAAUUGUAUAAUCGAAUAAUAAAGAAAAUUGAUAAUGGUAAAAAAUAAAAUCCAUAUAAUCGCAGCACGAUUGAAUUCUAUAGGUAGGUAAAAUUUGAGGGUGGAAAGAGAGGAAAAACUAUAUAACUCCAGAUGUAUAGGCACUGCGUAAGAGAAAUUAAUGACAAAAAAUGAUAAGAAUAGUGGAAUGAAACGAUCUUGGGCAAUAAUGAUAAAUUAUCGAGACCACUGAAAAUAAAUAAUAAUUAGUCUUUGUUGUUGUUGUUGUUGUUGUUAUAGUUGUUUUUAGGCCAUAAUAUAUUUUUUAAGUUUUAAUUUCAUAUCCAUUAUUCAUUUUCCUUUUUUUCCAACCGAUCGUGAAAAUGAUCGAAUCUAUUCCUAUCAUUUGAUAAUUAAUAAAAAUCGAACGUACACUGUACGCGCAAUAUAAUUAUAACAUUACAUACGAAUAAUUGUAAAUAUAUUAUAUACAUUGAAUAAAACGUGCAUACAUCGUGUAUAUAUACGUAUCCCAAACACCUAUUAUAUGUAUAUGUAUAUAUAUAUAUAUACCUGUAUAAACUAUGAAGUGUGUAUCGUAACACGUUGUCACCGAAAGCAGGUUUAUAUAUUGUAUACAUAAACUAUUUAUAAAUAUAUACAUAUAUUGCAUACGCAAGCAAGUAAUAAUGUAACGUUGUUUCAGGACUACGCUGAUAUACACAAUAAAUCGUUUUCCUUUUUUC